UCACAGCCCGUUUUUGCAUGCAGUGCAGCCCUGGCAAUUGAAACAUGAGCGGUAUUUUUAAAAUUUAGUAUGGAAAAGAACACAGUAUGACCGUUACUAUGUUCAAUAUCCUACACAUUGUUUUUUUAACGCCAUUUGCAAAAAAAGUAAGGUUCCGCUGUGAACAAAGGACCGUCAUUAGCGGCGCAGGUAGAAAAAACGUUGCGACAAGUCAGUAAGUCAUCUGUGGCCUUUCCAGCAACACGUUUCGAAAUGAAUCUGUGGCUAUUUUUCGGGCUUGUGCUAUUAUACACAAAAACUACUAUCUGCAAAGAAUCAAUUGAUGAAAAUCCAACGAGUUUAUUAAAUAAUAAUUUACUUAGUCGAGAAGAUUGGAUAAAGCUGGCCAAAUACUAUGUGAGCAAUCACAAACCGUAUAACGUGAAGAAGUAUGUGCCGUAUAAACCAUCAAACAAGUCAAUUACUACAAGGAAACCAACUUUACCUGUAAUUUCGAUCACUACCGAGCUCCCUGACAUCACAACAAGUCCUUUGGAGUCUUCCACAGGGAGCAAUUUAGAUGUGGACGAUACAACUAAAUCGUAUCAAGCAGCAGAGACAACAACUGAAGUGGCAAUCGAUUCCACAACGGAGUUGAUAACUAGUACGACGGAAAUAACUAAUGAAGAUUCCACAACGGAUUCCACAACAAGUUCCACAACAACAGAGUUCAUAACGAGUACAACUGAACUGCCAUCUUCAAUGCUGCUUCCAAUUCUUGGAAUUGAAACUACAACGAGCACUUCAUGGAACGACGCUGCCGAGGAAACCACCAAACAGGACAAUUUCAGCUAUACGACGACUGGAAUUGUCAACAUAGAUAGCACAACCGAGACAAACGAAUUAAGCUCAACAACUAUUGAUUCAGUCACCUCGAUAGAUGUGACCACAGAAGCUGAAAUCUCAACAUCACAAGGAACUCCUGAAAGCACAUCAGAGAACAUGGAGUCGACUACCCAAAAAUUCUUAAAAUUCAAUGAGACAACAGACAGCAAGGAAUCAACUACUCAACUUCCUAUAUCCACAACCGAAUUGCCUGGGACUACUUCGUCAUCUGAAAAUGAUGCCACCACAACUGAAGCAACUACUCCUGAAAAUACAACGCAAGGAUUGGAGACGACGACCCAAAACGAAGAUUUCUCCUCGGAGUCACCUGAGUUAGAGACUACAACAGAAACUAAAGAAUCAACAACACAAUUUCCUACGACAACAAAUAAAAUAUCACUAAUAGAACCUGUAACUGAAGUAAAUUCUAAUGAAACUAGCACCACUCCAAACAUCAUCGAAAAUACUACAGCAGCUAAUUCUAUUAUAGAAAUAAGCACAACUGAAAAGGUUUCCUCACUUCCACAAAGCCUUAACUUUAAUGAUGACAUAAUACAAAAUAAGCUUGUAAAUAUAACUUAUUCAACAGAUGGGGUUUGUGACGUCACGUGCUUGCCUAAAAGAAGCAACCAACACAAGCGUGAAUGA